AUAUCGCAUCGUUAUUCGCGCGCGUCAUUCCUCUGUGCGCACAGCUGUUGAAGUGGUUGAAGUUCAUUACUUUCGAGAUUGCGCCGAUUGCGCCGGAUAAUUGUUCCACGUAUACAAUACUGCUCCGGUAGGGCUGCAAAUGGAUCCUAGAACUAAGGAAAUAUGUGCCGUUCUGAAAACGUACCCCGACUUUCCGAAGAAAGGUAUCUUAUUUUGUGACAUAAUGCCAAUAUUUCAAACGCCGGAUCUUUUUCGCAAGAUGGUGGACCUGUUUGCCGAGCAUGUACGCAAGUCUGUGCCCAAUGUUCAAGUCAUUGCCGGCCUUGAGGCGCGAGGUUUUCUUGUGGGACCUGCUUUGGCAUUGGCUCUAAAUGUGCCAUUUGUGCCCAUUCGGAAGGCAGGAAAGCUACCUGGAAAGGUCAAGUCUCAGGCAUACUCUUUAGAGUAUGGAGAGGACAAGUUGGAAGUGCAGCUUGAAAGUAUAACCCCUGGGCAGAACAUUGUCAUCAUAGAUGACCUCUUGGCCACAGGUGGGAGCAUGCAAGCUGCAGUCAAUUUAAUCGAGGGUGCUGGAGCCAAUGUAGCCCUGUGCAUUGUCAUUGUGGAAAUUGAAGAGCUCCGUGGUCGUCAAAAGUUGGAUGUUCCUGUCUUCUCCCUCAUUCCUUUCUCCGCAGCAGUGAAGAAGUAGGAGGUUGCUUUACUGCAGCAGUGAAGAGACGACAAAGUGCAAUUACUGAAUUUUUAAGCUGCUAUGAGUUGUUAGGUUGUCAAUUUUAUGAAAUAAAGUAUUUAAAGGAUCUUAGUUAUUACAAUAAUAUACAAAUGUUUCAAGCUUACAUCACUGUGCUUCCAUAUACAAACUGAGAGGUGCAUGUUAUAUAAAAAUAAGCAUUCUAGAAAUUUUUUGCAUGCUUCCUUGAGUUGGUAAAGAGAGAAAAGUGGAAGUUUCCUUGACUGUGAAAACCUCUCUUUAAGGCCUCGAUGCUUAGUUCACUUACUGCCAUUUGUCAGAUUGCAAUUGCACAAGAGUGUUUCUAAUUUUGAUGAUAAAGGCAAAGAAAAUAGUUGCAAUAAUAUUUUUUUAUUAUUCUUUUAGCUCAUCAGCCUUAAAUUUGCUACAAUUGUCAAUGGUGCCCCUUCUUAUAUAGUUUCCUUCAGAAACAACUUUUACAGCUUAAAACUGUGCAUCGUCAUUGUAGAAAUUGAAGAGCUCCAUAGUAGUCAAAAGUUGGAUGUUCCUAUCUUCUUCCUCAUUCCUUUCUGUGCAGCAGUGAAGUAGGAGGUUGCUUUACUGCAGCAGUGUUUGCAGCCAUUACGAUUUUGAUAAUGUCAUUUUUUAAAAUAAAAGUUCUAUUUUGCAUUCUGGA